AUGGACAUGUUUCCUGGAUUCAGUAGUCUUACAUGGACCCCAGUUGACCCCAUGGUCCCCGCAAGUAUCCCCGCAAAGGUACUGUUCGGUGCUGUGGGCUCUGGAACGCCCUCUCGGAAUUACGCAAAGGAUUCCGAAACAGCCUUCGUCGCUGGUGGCGAGACAUUCCACGGCGAACCGCUGGUACAGGACUUCACGAAAGUCACUUGGGUACGAAGAGCAUCGAUUAUAUGGACGAAGAUGUCGCUCGUCAGAAAUCUGGAGCAAGAUUUCUGCGCUGCGAUUCUUCUGCUCAUUUGGCUGUUCGCCCACGAGUACGUGCGAUGCAAGUCUCGGAUUCCAGGCUUCAAGGGUCCAUUUGGUCUCCCAAUCCUUGGCAGUCUGAGGGACAUCCAGAGAGGCAAUGCACCUUGGAUCUAUCGGCAGUGGUCACACAAGUAUGGAGCGGUAUAUCAGGUUCAACUGGGCAAUAUCCCCAUGCUCAUCAUCAACACUGCCGACGCUGCAAAAGCUAUUUUGACAGGCAACUCGCACGCAACAAUCUCGAGGCCAGAGUUCUACACAUUUCACAAGAUUGUCUCCGAUACCAGUGCAACAACAAUAGGCACAUCACCCUACUCGGCAUCUCUGAAGACCAGGCGAAAGACCCUGGCCACAGCCCUGAACCGACGAGCCGUAUCGAGCUACAGCAAUCACAUCAAAACUGAAACCCUUCUCUUUCUUCGAGAGGCUUUGAAGAAUGGCAAAGCUGGGCAGACAAGUAUCGAUCCAGGUCCACUGUUCCUUCGCAUGAACGUCAGCCUUGGCUUCACGCUGCACUGGGGCACUCGUCUACACAAAAAAGGCGACAUGUUUCACGAAAUCACGCAAGUUGAGGAGGCGAUUAGCAACUUUAGAAGCUUGACGAGCAACACGCAAGAUUACGUUCCCCUUCUCCGCCUACUCCCCUUCAAUCGGACCUCGGCUUUGGCGAGAGAAAUGGGGGCACGACGAAAGAAGUACACCACUGUCCUGGAUCGCGAGCUGGACAUCCAGAUAGCUGGCGAGACUAAUGAACCCUGCGUCAGGGCGAAUGCGAAGCUUGACCCUGACAGUAAUCUGACCGCCUUGGAGCUGGAGUCCCUAAAUGCGACAAUAACCGCUGCCGGCUUGGACACCAUGCAAGCCACUGUGUUAUGGGGCAUUGCAGUGCUCUGCAUGAGGACUGAUUUGCAGGAAAAGGUUUUUCAAGCCAUAAUAGAGAGAUAUGCCGAAAGCGAUUUGCUGGACGACGUGCCUGAAGGACAAGACGUCGCAUAUUUGAGCGCUUUUAUUAAAGAACUCCUAAGGUGCUACCCGGCAACUCGCCUAUCUCUUCCGCGAACAGCGCUCCGAGACUUUGUAUAUGACGGCAAGGUCGUGCCGAAAGACACUGUGAUAGUCCUUAAUGCGUGGGCCUGCAAUAAUGAUCCGGAGAUUUGGAGUGAUCAUGACGUUUUCAGGCUUGAGCGAUGGCUCGAGCAUCCAGACGCCCCAACAUUCACGUUUGGCUUGGGCAGCCGCAUGUGCAUUGGGUCGCAUCUCGCGGUCAGAGAACUGUACGUGUUAUUCCUUCGCAUCCUCAAAUUUUUCGAGCUGGAGGCAGGCGGGCCGAUGGACAUCGAUCCUAUUACAGGAGUCGCCAAUACAGCGGCAACAGUCUCUGGUCCAAAGCCAUUGCAAGUUAAGUUUGUCCCAAGGAACAAAGAGGACCUUGAGGUCGCCCUCAAUGCGGUGGAGCUAUCUCAAUAA